AUGGCAGGAGAGUGGAUACUUGACGAGUUGAUAUGUUACUUGGGAAGCCCCCUUUUUCAGGUCCCCGUUAUAACAUGCUGUGAAGCAAGUUGCAUAAUUUUUGAACCCUCAACAGAGGAUUCUGCAGAAUACAGACAAUGCUUUCGAGAUUUUAAGCAGCUGAUUGAUGUCUUGUUGGAUGGCUUCAGAGAAGAUGUUGGACUGACACAGAGUGACAUUGUUAAAGCAGUACAGAAGUUGAACAUGAAAGAAGACCUGAGGGAGAUUUUCAAGAACUCUUUUGAGCCUAUUUUGGCUGUAGAAGACUACAAGUUUUUUGUUAAGAUGAUGACCAAGAAAAACAUAGAACUGCAGGAACAGGCUUUGGCAAUCUUAUUGAAGAAGACAGGUGCAGUCCCAGAAAUCUACUCUAAUCAAGCCAGUGGUCCUCAGCCUGAUGAAGCAUUUGUAGCUGUGGCAAGCCAAGCAGAUAAGCAGUCAGAAGUGAAACAGUCAGAAGAAGAGAAAAAGCAGACAGAAGACUUUGCAAAGGCAGAGGCUGUGCGGCUAGAGGGAGAGAAGAAACAGGAGCAGCAAAAGAUGCAAGAGAUGUUGUCAACACUGACUGUUGAAGACAAAUUACCACCACUUCCUGCAGGGGCAGUGAAAUCACCACCACCGAAGCCCUCCCACCCGACUGCUCCUGCACCAGCUCCAGCUCCUGCACUAGCCCCUGUUAAGGCACCAGCCACAGCUAAGGCACCUGCACCAGCACCUGCACCAAACAAAGCACCUGCACCAGCAGCACCUGUAAGUAAUGCAGAUGCUGCUGCCAGUUGGCUUGCCUCUGCAAAACAGGAAGCAGGCCAGCCUCAAGGAGGAUUACAGUCACACAUG